AUGCCAACCACCCAAGACGCACCGUCUGCCCAAGGCGCUUCUGUGGAUGAACAUGAACAGUCCUCUACACUUGCAAACGCCAGCAGCGUAACAGAAGGAUUGAUGGAGAGAGAGGUCAUUAACCAAAUCGUUGCUCUGCAGGCCAAUGAGGUGGUGGAUUUCCAGGAGCAGCUAUUCAGGGACCCCUGGACCUCUAGGGAAACGCAAGAAGGAGAUGAACAAAGAGAGACAUCUGUCGUGGAAUCAAAUCCUCUGGAUGGAGUCCAGCGCCGUCAAGCUUCUAUUGUCGAUCUAACUACGACCCCAGCCCCUCUCGAAAAGGCUUUAGCCAAGAUCAAAGACACAGGAAUUCCCAACGGCAAGGUGUUGCGUUGGCCCGUGUCUCUGGCACAAUGGCGGAGUGAUAAGUGCAUCGCAGAUGUUGUGGAAGAUCUGGAAUUUUUCCUCGAGAUCUUCAAGUUACGCCUUGAGACUCUUCGCAAGGGGGCAUGUGAGAAAGAUCCAAGGCUCAGGGCUGCACUGUGGCGCGCAGAGCUGAAUGCCCUGGAUUCACCGCUUCUUAAAAGGCCUCGACGCGAAUGA